AUGGCUCUGCGCGGAAUGGCAUGGGGGGACGUUCCGGAUCCGUGCUGCAGCGGCCAGGCGGACGGUUUCCGUCGCCACCCCACUGACUGCAGGCGAUUCUGCCUGUGCAGCAGCGGCGAUUCUCGCGGGCGCGUCUUCUACUGCCCCGAGGGCUAUGUCUUCGACGACCGCACCUCCACGUGCGCAAGUACCCACGACGUCGCAUGCCCCGGCGCUUCCGUUCCGGCGUCCGGCGCUACUGGCGGCGGUGCAUCCGGCGGUGCAUCCGGCGGUGCUUCCGGCGGUGCAUCCGGUGGUGCUUCCGGCGGUGCAUCCGGCGACGCUUCGGGCGGUGCGUCCGGCGGUGUUGGCGAGGAGGCGUCGCUGUGCGCGGGGUUGGAGGACGGCCCUCACCAGCACCCCAACGACUGCAGCCAGUUCAUCUUCUGUCUCAACGGGCGCGUGAAGAGCACCGUGAGUUGCGGCGCGCGCAUGCGCUUCAGCGACGACUCCAAGACGUGCGAGUACUCCUUCCUCGUCGACUGCCCCGCCGCCGACAACGCCGCCGUUGCCACGUCGGAUUCCACGUCAGCGGCCGCGUGGGGAGCGACCACCGGUUCCUCCCUUCCCGCUGCAUCCGUCGCCACGUCAUUCGAAGACUCUGGUCGUGGCGGUGCCUAUUCGUCUUCCUCUUCCUCCUCCUCACAAUCGUCGUCGAAUCUGUUCACUGCUGCAGCGGCCCUGGGGGCUGCAAGCGGUGGUCCUUCGGUCUUUGCCCCGGGGCGAAGCAAGGUUCCUGGCAAUGCGAACGGGAUUAGUAAUGGCAAUGGCAACGGAGAAAGCAACGGGGUUGGCAACGGGAAUGGAGUAAGCAACAGCAAUGGGAAUGGGAAUGGCAACGGGAAUGGGGUGGGAAAUGGCAACAUCUUGGGCGACAGUGGCAGCACAGGCAGCACAGGCAGUGUAGGCAGUUCGGGCAGUUCGGGCAGUACGUUCUUUUGGGUCAAUCCGGGCAGCUCGGUCAGCAAGGGCAACGUGGGUACUGGGGGCAGCACGGGCAGUACGGGCAGCAGCAGCGGGGGUAGCGUGAGUGCGCCUGUGACCUGCUGUACCAAGAAGCCCAAUGGGUACUGGCAAGACCCAACCAACUGCAGCGCCUUCUGCAUCUGUAUGCGCGGCCAGGUGGUGGCGAAACUGCAGUGCCAGUCCCCCCUUCUCUUCAACGACAAUGCCAAGGUCUGCGACGUCCCGGAAAACGUCCCCUGUGCUGCCACCGGUGGGGGUGGUGAUGGGAGUGGCGGCGGCCCUACCCCCUCUCCUCCUACUUCUCCUCCCCCUCCUUCCACGCCCUCUCCCUCUCCUCCUCCUCCUUCCUCUCCACCUGUCUCUCCCUCUCCCCCUUCCACCUCUCCCUCGCCCCCUUCCUCUCCCUCCCCGCCUCCACCCUCCCCUCCCACUCCCCCUCCCGGGUCGUGCUGCGACAGUCGACCAGACGGAUACUUCCAGGACGCUUCCGACUGCAGCCGCUACUGCAUCUGCGCGGGGGGCAAGCAGGCGGCGUUGCAGCGGUGCCCAGCAGGGCUUAUCUUUAAUAACGACGCCAAGGUGUGCGACGGCGCGUACAACACCACGUGCAACGGCAUGACCAUCGGCGGGCCGGACGUGGAGGACAAGGUGGGCGGCACACAGCCGUUCGCAGCGGACCGAACGCCCUCGCGCCUCAACCGCUACUCGAGCUACUCCUCCCUCUCCACCGCGCUCCCCACCUUUGUCGACUGGCGAGCCUCCGGCGUGCUCUCUCCCGUGCGCGACCAGGGCGUGUGCGGGGUCUGCUGGGCCUUCGCCACUACCGCGGCCGUAGAAGCGGCUGUUUCGAUUUCCAUGGCGAAUUCGCGGCUGUUUGCGGGGAGGUUCCGCGGUGGCAAGUCGCGGUUCUCCGUGCAGCAGGUGGCGGAUUGCACGCAAACUUCAGCUGCUGCGGCGUCGAUCGGCGGGUUUAGCUACAACAACGCUGCUGCUGCUGGUAGUGCUGCCGCGGCAACCACCACCGCAGACACCACCACAGGCAUAGGCACCACCACUGCUGGUGAUACCACUGCUUCAGGUGCUGCUUCAGGUGCCGAUACUACCUCCACCGAUACAACCUCUGCAGUCAACGGUGCAGAUUCUACGCCACCCGCAGAUCCAACGGUCGGUACAGGCUCCGACGCUCUAGACAAUCUGCUCUCGAUCUGCCGGCCCGGGUGGCCAGGGGACGCUCUUGAGUAUGUGGCAGCAGUGGGGAGGCUGCAACUGGACAGGCAGUACCCGUUCCUGGGCGAGAAUGGCACUGGCCAGUGCUCUGCUGCUGGUCCUGCUGCUCCUUCUGGCGUUGCUGGUGGUGCUUCUCCUGGUGUUGCUGCUAGCGGUGCUGCUGCUGGUGCUCCUGGGGUCGCGCCUGGUGGUGCUGUUACUGCUGCUGGAGCAUGGGCAGCAUGGCAACCGCCUUCCGUGGUGCGAUAUGAGAUGGUGCCGGCAAGUGAAGAGGCGCUGCUGUCAGCAGUGGCGGCGCAACCGGUGAUCGUGAACAUCCAGUCGCGCGUCCCCUCCUUCCUCUCCUAUGCCGGGGGCGUUUACGCCGACCCUCUAUGCGACAACGGGCUGUUAGACCACUCCGUGCUGGUGGUGGGGUUCGGCACAGACCAGGCCUCUGGCACGCCCUACUGGAUCAUACGCAACAGCUGGGGGGACGCAUGGGGAGAGCAGGGGUAUCUGCGCAUGGCUCGAGUGGGCGGGAGGGGUACCUGCGGUAUCACCAGCAUGCCUGGUUUCUACCCUGUUACCACCAGCACAUCGCCGUGUGACAAUCCCAACCCAUGUGGGGCUGGCGAGUGUGUGGAGGACGUGAGGAGGAAGAGCAGGGGCGGCUACCGCUGCGCGAGCUGCCCUGAUGGCUACGCGGUCGUGGAGAAUUCGGACAAGUCGCAGACAUGCGUGUCAGUUGACGCCUGUUUCUCGUCCACCUUCAACCCGUGCGGGGUGGGAGAGUGCACCAACGUGGGAGACGGCACAUACUCGUGCGACUGCACGGAAGACACAUGGCCCGUUGUCCGUCCCGAUGGCUCCCCCACAUGCACCAUGGGCCGAGCCUCCGCCUUCUGCCCGUCCCUCUUCACCACCUUUGCCAACGACACAUGCGAAUCCGUCGCCGCCUUUGCCCGAAUGUCUGUAGACGAUCUUCUAGAAGUCAACCCCGGGCUUAUCUGCGACAAUCUCAAGGGAGGCCAGCAGCUGUGCAUCAGCAUGAAUCUACCCUGGGCCGCCCGGUGCCUGUAUGGAAAGUACACGGUUGUGCGCGGUGACACCACUGCUGCGCAUUUGUUCUUAGUGGGCAAAGCCGUCUUCUGUAGUAAACAUGCUCUGGCGAAGACGACAUUUGUCCCCUCCUCCGAGUAA